CCCACAUCUGCCCGAUCAACCCAACCUGAUCAACCCAACCUGAUCAACCCACGCCUCAUGCAGCCCCACAGCGCCCUGGUCCUGAUUGCCGAUGGCUCCGAAGAGAUGGAAGCAGUGAUUUCCAUCGACGUGCUUCGUCGUGCCGGCCUUGCCGUGACGGUGGCUUCGGUCAAAGGAAAGCAAGUGACUUGCAGCCGCCAGGUCCAGAUCGUCAGUGAUACCGAGCUCGACAGCCUCGGCGAAGCAGCCAAGGGUUUCGAUGUGCUGGUUCUUCCAGGCGGUCUCGGCGGGGCCAAGACGUUCAAGGAGUCCCACUCUAUCCACUCGCUCAUGGCAGCCUAUCUGCAAGACUCGACCAAGCACCUGGCCAUCAUUUGCGCCUCCCCGAUCGCCCUGGCUGCGGCCAACCUCGGCCAUGGCAGGCGCAUAACAUCCCACCCAAGCGUCAAGGCCGAGCUGGACAGAGACUACGUCUAUUUGGAAGAGCGAGUCGUCGUCGACGGCAACCUCAUUACCAGCCGCGGACCAGGCACCUCGUUCGAGUUUGCCCUCACCAUCGUCGAGCAGCUACUGGGGGCUGCCAAGCGAAACGAGGUGGCCGCACCCAUGAUUCUGCCCUGAGCGAUCCCUUGAAUAGACAGCCCUCGAUUUGCAUGCUCUCGAUUGGCAUGAUCCGGCUGCUUUCCCCCAC